AUGGCAAAAUUACAAGUCCUCGAUCUUCAUCUGCCUCAGGACGAGGCGGACAGUGAUGAAUUGAGCCAGCUAGGACUUGUCGGACUUGUUUCAUUGCGAUCUCUUCUUGUGGCCGGAUCAGUGAUUCAAGUUGGCACUCUCCUCAAUGGUAUAUCCUCAUCUCAUCUCGAGUCCAUAGAAAUCGCGUACCAUCAUGUUGAUUCCGACUUUGACGCUGUGCGUUUGGGCCCCCAUAUUAAUAUCCUUAGGACGUUGGGGACGAAGUUCUGCGUCUCACUACGGAGUUUGGAGGUCAACUAUUGGCCAUUCAGAUUGGAUGAUAUCCUUCAGCUAUCGUCCUUCCUGUCACCUGUGCUGAACGUCCGAGGUCUUCGAUCACUGACCCUUCAAUCUGAGCAGGAACUAUCUUUUCUGGAUGAUCCCAUUCAACUGAUUACCACGGAGUGGGAUGAAUUAGAAGUCCUAAAUAUUGGCGAUUUCGCACGUGUGUAUAACUACGUCUCGCCAAGCACCUCAAUUUGCUGCCUCAUCGACUUCGCACGCCAUCAUCCUAACCUAUAUUUCCUUCGCCUUUUUGGAACGUGCUUCCGCCCGCCGUCAGACGCGGAAUACCCCCUAAAUCUCGAGGCCCCAUUGUUGCCUUAUGCACAUGGAUUGAGACAGCUGCGUCUCGGCAUAUCCGAGGGUAUGCAUAUAUUGAACGAUAUCAAGACAGCCCAGUUCCUCGACAACAUAUUCCCUAAUCUUGACAUACAGGAUCAAGUCGCGAAGGCGAGCGCGGAUGCAGCGCGAAAUGGCAAGGCAUGGGACAGAGUUGUAUGCAUGAUAGACGGCUCUGCAAUCGGCCCGAGAGAGACAUUCGCGGUGUUAAAAGGUAAGCUAUGCAUUAUACAAGAAGACCUCACUGUGAGCUGA